UUCCUUUCAAACUGGGAUAAAGAGAGAUCAGGCUGAGCUCCCAGGGGUGACUCCCAGAGCCACAUUGCAGAACUGGGCUGCCUAAGGAGCUGCUGCAGUGGCCGCUAUGGCUGCUGUUUGCCCAUCAUGAUGCUUCCGCUAAUGCAGGGUGUGAAACAAUUGCUGCAUACUUGCCUCGGCUCAAUUAACUCAGGCCCGCCUGAAGUCAAAUCUCCAACAGUGCAUGUAACUGGUGGAACCCAGGUCACAUCUAAAGACCACAGCUGUGAGGGAUUCUGGGAAAUGUUGUGUCAUGCUUUCUAGCCUCUCCUAUGCAGGAUGGUCCACCCCAGAGCAGGGACAGAGGCUGAGCCUGUCCACUCAUAGGAUCUACUCAGGGACCCAGAUGUGGUCCAGUCUCCUCAUACUUAUGGGGAGAAAGAUAAAGCCAGAGAGGUUGUUUUGAGGUCCUCACAGGUGCUAGUGGCAAAGCCCAAACUAAGGCUCCUUGCUCCUUAUAUUGUGCUGUUGUUGUAGUGUUGUUGUGUAGUUAUGCUGUUGUGCUACCACCUUAGCCACUAGUGUGACAUGAGGGAACCUGAAGCAGUUUCUACCACGUGACAGGAGACAAAGCACAGGGUUAUCCCUCCCUCUCCCACACAUCGUGCCCAGACCCAUGGGCCUGUCCCUGGGAGGUGUCGGCACACAUUUUGCAGACUACAAGCCCCAUCAAAAUGUCAGUGUGCGCACCUGCAAGUGUUUUAGCCCUGGUUUCUUCUGGAUGAUAAGGAUAUGUUCCCUUCAGCAUCUCUGCAUUUGGGAAGACUGCAUUCUGCCAUGUAGUGGAAUUGUGAUGCUUAAGGAUGCAGGAGGGGUAUUUUUAUCCCAAAGGAAUUGGGGAAUUACACUUAGCACGUUUUGAGCACUCAGACCUAAGCAGAUGUGUCAGUGGUAAUCUUGUCCACGUGGCCAUGGAAGGUAGCCUAGACCCACGAUAGCCUACUGCAGGAAAUAGGUCCAUUAAUUUAAGGAACUUGUGUGGUGGAAGCAUCCACAGAAAAUAAAGGAUUUUUUUUUUUACCUUUAGAAGUUGACAGGUAGGUGACCUUAGCCAGCUUUGAAGUUGGUCAGAGGGCCAGCCCAAGUCCCCACCUCCCUGGAUGCUCCUGAAGUCUUCCGUAGCUCCGAUACAAUGAUGGGUUUGUUCUGCUGCAGAGGACUGUUUUUCAGAAGAACUAGAGGGGAAUUUUAUGUGUAUUUUAAAUGAAAGCUGAGAUCCUGAAGAAAACAGGACAGCAAAUAAGAAAGCGCCAAGCUGCAGGGUUGGAGAAUUAACUGUCUCUCUUCAUCUUUCGGCCCUGAAUUAAUUGCCAAUUAGUUAAUGAAUCUCCAGACUGAUGUAACCUCCCACCCUCCAUGGUAGCUUCCCCACUUGAGUGCUGAGCCUUUUGGAGAGUUAAUUUUGGAUUAAGGGUGAGACUAUUAAACUUUUUCAGAAGAUGACACAGUAUCUGGAGCAGUACCCUAUAAUUGCACACAUUAAUAAUUUCUAUAUCAAAGCAUGAGUAUUGACACCAAACGGUAGCUUCUGGUUUUGUUGCCAAUGGAGAUAAGAGAAUGUUGGUUUUCAGAACUUUUUCGAUUUUGGAGUUGCAGAUGAAGGACUAGGGGCUAGUGACCCACACUGAAGUUCACCACAGGCACCUGCAGCGAUGCGGCCGUGCAUACCUGCGACCUGUGCGGCAAGGCCUUCCGUCUGCAGCGCAUGCUCAACCGGCACCUCAAGUGCCACAGCCAGGUGAAGAGGCACCUGUGCAGCUUCUGUGGCAAGGGCUUCAACGACACCUUCGACCUCAAGCGGCAUGUGCGCACGCACACAGGCAUUCGCCCCUACAAGUGUGAUGUCUGCCACAAAGCCUUCACCCAGCGCUGCUCCUUGGAGUCCCACCUGAAGAAGAUCCAUGGGGUGCAGCAGCAAUAUGCCUAUAAGCAGCGCCGGGAUAAGCUGUACGUCUGUGAGGACUGCGGCUACACGGGCCCCACCCAGGAGGACCUGUACCUGCACGUGAAUGGUGCCCACCCGGGCAGUGCGUUCCUCAAAAAGACAUCCAAGAAACUUGCAGCUCUCUUGCAAAACAAGCUGACGUCCUCGCUCCAGGGAAACGCCAACCUGAGCGAGGAGGAAGAGAAGUAGGAGAGGGGUGUGGAUGCCAACUCUGCCACAUGUCCAUGGAUUCCUGGUCUUGCAGGUUCCCUGCCCCAUGUGCUAUUCCAGAGUCCAAGUGGUCCGUUCAUCUCUGUCCUUGGGGCCUCACUGGGGGCUCCAUGCCAACACUGUCGAUAACAGUGGCAUCAGGCCCCUGUCACCUGGGCCCUCAGGAACGCUAUCACACUAAUGGAAGCUAGUGGAGGGCUGUGAUCACCGUCUGGGUCUAGUUUUCGUUUUUUGUUUUGUGUUUAGGAUUUUCACACAUGGAGGCAGGGGUGUUCUGAGAGAAACACCCUUGGAGAGAUUGAUAUGGUGCCUUGAAAUAAAAGUACUUCCACUUGAAAUGCUACUCCAGCAAGGAAAACGAAUUCUGUUAUUCUGAAAGCAUUGGCCAGAAUUAUUCUAAUAAAGGGAACAUCCUUGUGGAA